AUGGCCGCUCCGCCAGUAGUCCCGCCAUCGUACUACUCGCAACGCGCCCCAACUCAGUCGAUCUCCUCCCUCAACUCGCCCUCACCCUCCGCCAACACAUCCAAUCUCCCCACACGCCCGCUCUCCUCAUCCACCAGCGCCUCCACAUUCCGCACGCCCGCCUCACGCAAGACAAUCUACGACCGCCACCCGAACCGCUCCUCCCGCACCGAACUCUCCCGCUCCGCCUUCGCCUUCCUCAUCAGCGAAUCAAUAGCAUACCAUCAAAAGCGCGUCACCUCCGUCUCCGACUUCGAAGCCCGCCUCAACUCCCAAGGCUACCUCCUAGGCUCAAAAUGCCUCGACCUUCUCCUCUACCGCUCCACACCCAUGGGCAGCGGCAGCGGCACCUCGUCCUCCUCCACCUCGACCUCCUCGAACUACUCCUCCAAAGACGCCAACUUUCCAGUCCGACCACUGCGGAUUUUGUCGCUGCUGAAUUUGCUGACGACGAAACUCUACCCCCUCCUCUUCUCCCGGCCCGCGGAUAGUCUCGAGCAGAGCACGACGAAUAAGAACGAGUACAUGAUCAUCGACAACACGCCGAUGACGAACGCGUAUAUCUCUGUGCCGAAGGAGCUGAGUCAGUUGAGUGUGGCGGCGUGGAUCGCGGGCGUGAUUGAGGGGGUGUGUGAUGGGGCUGGGUUCGAUGCGAAGGUCAGCGCGCAUAAUAAUGGGACGGAUGCGUGGCCGGGGAGGACGGUGUUUUUGUUGAGGUUUGAGGAGGGGGUUGUGAGCAGGGAUGGGGAGUUGGAGAGGCAGGGCGUGAAGUGA